UAAUCAAUUUUUUCCACGGCACGUACAGUGGUUAAGGGUGGGGUGAACCUCACCCCCCAAAAAAUAUUAGUCAUGCACAGCUUUGCUCUCCGCAACACGUAUACAACAUAAAAAGAGCAUUCACUGGAUAAUCGGCUCUUGGUGAUGCCUUUUAUUGUAUCCUAGCAAGUUCCUCUCCAAGUUGCCACUUUGAUUGACAGAUGCUUUGGCCGAGUAGCACUUUGGUUACAUGAUUUAAAACGAAGUUUUGACGGAGCCAAGAGAAGCAUCAAAAUGGCGUGGCGGUUCAAAGCAUCAAAAUACAAGAAUGCGGCACCAAUCGUGCCUAAACCUGAAGCCUGCAUUCGAGACAUCUCCGUUGGAUCGUACCAAACAUAUGGGAACAAUAUUACUGCUUCCGCUGCAUUUAUGGCAUUUAAUGUAGAUCAUAACGGAUCUAGUUUGGCUGUACUUCCGCUCGAUGACUGUGGCAGAAAAAGCAAAACCAUGCCGUUGCUUCAUGCUCAUGCAGAUACCGUAACGGAUAUGGAUUUUUCCCCAUUCCACGAUGGACUACUCGCCACUGGAUCGCUGGACUGUCUUGUCAAAUUAUGGCACAUUCCAGAAACAGGCUUAGAGGAAUCUUUGUGCAAUCCUGAAUGUACGUUUUCACAUAGACAAAGACGAGUGGAAACGGUGCAUUGGCAUCCAACUGCUGAACACCUUCUUACAACUGCAUCGUACACUAAUUUAUCCUUAUGGGAUGUACUGUCGCAGCAAGAACUAUUUUCUACUAAUGUCCAUGCAGAGGUGAUUCAGUCGCUGAGUUGGAAGCAAGACGGUACGGUCUUGGCGACCUCUUGCAAAGACAAACAAGUCAGAAUCAUCGACCCUAGAGCAUCUGAGUGUGUAAUCAACACUGCACAGAGUCAUCAGAACAUAAAGGAUUCCAGAAUCGUUUGGCUUGGCAACAGUGAACGAAUACUCACCACAGGCUUUGAUGCCGCUAGACUUCGUCAAGUUUUCAUCAGAGAUAUAAGAAACUUUGGAGAACCCAUUAAGACGUUGGAGUUAGAUUGCAGUACAGGAAUUUUGAUGCCGCUGUUCGAUCCUGACACCAACAUGCUGUUCCUAGCUGGCAAGGGUGACACGACAAUUGUAUAUAUGGAAGUAACCGAGAAAGAUCCAUACCUUGUGGAAGGUAUUCGACAUAGCGGAGAACAAACAAAAGGAGUUUGUUUAGUUCCGAAGAGAGCCCUCAACGUUAUGCAAGCUGAAGUUAACAGAUUAUUACAACUCACCUCUAGCAUGGUUAUUCCUAUUACGUAUCAGGUCCCAAGAAAGACUUAUCGAGAUUUUCAUGCAGAUAUAUAUCCAGAAACGUCAGGUUGUGUUUCGCGUAAUACUGCAGUGGCUUGGAUUAAGGGUAACAAUGUUCCAGUACCCAAAAUAUCCCUUGACCCUGCUAAAAGAACAAAAGGAGAAGAACCGAUCACGGUGCACAGAGGGAAUUUAUCAGCAUUGAAAGAGAGUCAUAAAGAGGUUAAGGUGGAACCUGCGAAAGAGUCUAAGUCGCACAUAAUCGUUGCUCCGAAAGGCUUCACUAAGGCUCCACCAAUCGUUCAAGAAAAAGAGAAAAAGCCAGAGAUACUCGAGACUGAGAAGUGCGAAGAUUCUAGAAGAGUCGAGACGGAUGACGAGAAAGCAAAAGUGCAAAAUGGUCAAACCGUGCCUCCGAAACCACUGCCCAGGGCUUCGAGAGCCAAUAGUCUUUCCGAUGAUGAGCCCAAGCCAGUGGCUAGACCUCGCACGUCACCCAGUCCUGGAACCGUCGUUACAUCUGUCGUUCCAAAUUCACUCGGAGGAUACAAGCCUCGCCUUGGUCCGAAACCCUUCCAAGCAGUGUCGGGGGUACAGGAAUUCUCAUUCGACAAGGUUUUCUCCGUACCAGUUGCUCCUAACAGCGAGAGCAAUGGGUAUGCCAACGAUAACUCUGGACCACCAGAAAAUCAAGAUACGGACAAGUCUCCGACAUUUGAUCACGAACGAAUUAAGGAAGCCGAGAACGGAAAGAGCGAUUCCAGUUCCAUAGAAGAGGACGCUAAUUCGAGCGAUUCAGGGUACAAACCGAAGACACCGAGCACUGCGGAGAGGCGAAAGAUGUUCGAGACUAAAGUUAAGGACGAGUCACCGGAAGCGGAAGAGCCGGGAAGCUUUGAGCGCGGUAUUUCGAACAGAAACUCCAUUGCUGAAAGGAGACGACUUUAUGAGAGUCGUUCGGUCUCGGUGACCGAUGGUAAUUUAGCUGAAAAGACCAUGGGCUCGCCCACAGCGAUCAGAAGAAGAGACUCUUUCAAGGCGAGAAACGAAAUCAUCAAAGAAGAUGAACCGAAGAAGCCUUCUCCUGUGCUGCGUCAGCAAAGUAUGGACCCAAGAUUGGAGAAGCCGGAGCCUACCAUGACACCGACACCGAAAAGGACGUCAACCGUCUUUGGCAGAGUCUCAAAAUUCAGACAUCUCAAGGGAACUCCUGGACAUAAAUCAACGCAUAUCGAAAAUAUCAGAAAUAUAAGUAGACAGAUAUCUGGAGAAUGUGAUGGUUUUCAUGCUAAUUCUGACCGUGUGGCUGUACCUUUAAGUGGACCUGGAGGCAAGAUUGCGGUGCUAGAAUUAAAGAAAACUGGAAGAUUGCCUGAUGGCGUAAUGCCAGCGUUAGUUCACGGGGCCACUGUUAUGGACUUUCAAUGGGACCCCUUUGACAAUCAACGUUUAGCAGUUGCUUGUGACGAUGGCAUGAUUCGACUGUGGGAGAUCCCUGACAAUGGCUUAACGGAGCCCACUAAUGAACCUCGAUUCACGAUCGAAGCACACACGGAUAAAAUCUAUCUGAUCAAGUUCCAUCCAAUGGCAACAGACGUGUUGGCGUCGGCUUCUUAUGACAUGACGAUUAAAAUCUGGGACCUCUCUCCAUUGACGGCUUCCGGUUCCGCUGUUGCAAAUAUAACCCUAAAUGGCCACACGGACCAGAUUUUCAGCUUGGCGUGGUCACCUUGUGGUCAAUAUCUUGUCAGCGCUUGCAAAGACGGUAAACUUCGGUUGUAUAAACCUAGAAGUAGCGAUGUGCCCAUCAAAGAAGGAAAAGGACCAGUUGGGACGAGGGGAGCCAGAGUUGUGUGGGCUCUCGAUGGAAGAUACGUCGUGGUGAUGGGCUUCGACAAAGUCUCGGAGAGGCAGAUUCUUGUUUUCAAGGCGGACAAUCUUAACACUCCUUUGAACACAGUUGGGUUAGAUGUCUCGCCAGCGAUAUUGAUGCCGUAUUAUGACGAGGAUAGCUCAACUCUGUUCCUCACAGGUCGAGGUGAUUCGACGAUCUAUGCUUUUGAGGUUACGGAAGAAGCUCCAUAUAUUUGUCCACUCAGUCACCAUCGCUGUGCGAGCUUGCAUCAAGGAUUGUCUUUUCUGCCGAAAAAUAAGUGCGAUGUCGCUGGUGUUGAAUUCGCUUCAGCAUUGAGAUUAACGAAUAACACGAUAGAGCCGUUGAGCUUCACUGUGCCGCGUAUUAAGAGUGAGCUCUUCCAAGAUGACUUGUUUCCACCUACCAAGGUGAUGUGGAAACCAACUAUGACAUCGACAGAAUGGUUCAGUGGAGCCAAUAAGCAAGCUCCAAGAAUUAGCCUCAAGCCGCCAGGCAUGGAUUGUCUUACCGAGAACCAAGGUCAAGGGGUAGCAACUGCCCCGGUAGCAGCGAAGCAGUCCACAGGUGCAAGUGGUGCAUCGCAACUUUCCAGUAGAGUAGGCUGGAAUCCAGACACAGCGGUGCAAGUAAAAUCGAGGCUGGAAGAGAUCCAAAAGUCGAUGAGCAACAUUGUGGGGGAUGUUAUUUGCUGCACAUUGGAACAAGACCACAUGGAUGGUGUGGAUGAGCACGAAUGGGACGAGUGAGCUGAGCGUGCAGUGGGUAAUUUAAGUGUAAGGCAAAGCGAGUCAUAGUAGUGAGAUCGUGAUAUGUAUUCGGUAAGUGAUCCACCAUGAAGACGCACAACGGCGUCGGCUCCGCUGGGGCUAAGAAUUAUUUAUAAUUAUAUAGAUGAUACGUAUAAGUGCGUGUUCGCGGUGCGAGUUUUUGAACGGGAGGCUUUAACAUCUCGAUUUAGGCGUAUGUACGUAUGUACGCGUGCAAAUGUGUUCGUAGGAAGGUAUUCAAGGCCGAUCUCUUAUUUUCAUCGGCCGAGCCAUAAAUGAGGUUCCGCAUGAUUAAUUUCCAUAUUCUGCUCGAUAUUAGGCUCGAAACUUUGUUCCUUUUUAUAAUUUCUUCACCUUGCCGUGCAUCUAAAUACUGGUGACCUAACCUGAUCAAAAGUUAGAUGAGGACUCCCUCCAUCUGUGAAUCCUGUCACUUGGUUCACAGGAAUCCAUGAUUCAACCGAAUUUAAUAUUUACGUCUUUGUCUGUCAACGGAAAAGGAAAAACUGGAUAUUAAAUUUGCCAGAUGAGGAGUCCGUAAAUUCUCUUAGACUUUCCGUCAUCUUAUACGUUCUUCGAUGUUACGUUACUGUUAGACUUAACCGUCAUUCCAAGGCAGCUGACUGUUUUGCCAAGCAUCCUUGGCAGAUUAGAUUUCAUUGAGUUUAAUCGUAUUAAAAGUAUUGCAAUAAUGGUGUCGCUACAUGAAUUUGCGUUGUAAUAACCUAAUUUUUAAAGAACAUUUUUCUAUCACGGCCCAUUCGAAUUUUGCAGGAAGCGGAAGUUUCGUGCAAAUUAAAUCGAGUUAGGAUGUGAACGUCUCAAAACUAGUAUUGCAGUUUAUACUAUUAUGAGAACAAUGUAGAUUAUAAAAUUAUACGCAUGCAUUAUGUUACGAUAAGUUAUCGGACAGUCUCUCGAUUCUCUUAGCUUCCUUUCUAGUUGAAUGAUGCUUCUUUAGUUACUGCCUUGAUAGAUAUAUAAUAAACGCAAGGAAUUCUCGUGGCGAUCCCAUUCUCGAGGACUGUUCUCUAAAUGAAGUAUUAGAAAUGAAAUUGGCAGUAUUAGGACGAACGAUCUAGCGUGGUUUUCGUUCCAAGCAAUCAGUAUGGGAUAUUUAUCGCCUAUUGAUCGGCUCUUUGGUAUAUAAAAUGCUCAAAAGCGUGGAAAUGAAUUAAUCAAUUAGCCGAAAUCGCGAGAGAAGUCGAAGCGACUGCAAUUUUUGUAAUACUCCCCGUAUUUAGGACAAUUCCUUCGGUCACGUACUGAAUUUUAUAUAAUACUCCAUUAAUGGGUGAUCUUUCCUUUAAUCAGAUCGAGCGUAUUCUUACAUGGCGUUUAAAUAUUUUCCAACUAACAAUAAGAUUAACAUCCUCGUCGAAUAAACGUCAGCAUGUUGUAUACCGUAUAUUCGUAAAUGCCAGACAUAUGCUUGACUUUUAUUUCUAUUAGUUUUUCCGUCUUAUCACGUCAUUAUACAUUAGAAGCCUAAUCAUUGCCCGAAGAAAGCUUUUCGCUGAGUUGCUUUAUAUAUCAUGUAAAUCAAUACAUUCCUCGAGUCUUGUGUAAUUAAUAAGAGCGUAAGGGAGACGAGAAAUCGUACCAGUGGCCAUAGAAAAGCUCGUUAAUCAGCUCUGCUUUAUAUUUAAGUGGUACUCGUUAGUUUGCAGGUAGAAUUUUCUACAAAUUUUCGAGCCACGGCGAGACUCGAAUUUAAUUAUUCACGGAUUUCUUUCUUUUUAGUAAUUAUGGAUCGUAGUAACACUUAUUGCGGGAUAUUAUUUCUCAUUCCAAAGUGCUGCCUUCGGAGAGGAAGUCCCAAAGAGAGAUAAGUUUAAUCAGUUAGAAUUUUGUAAAUAAUAUCUAGGUCAUCGGAUGCCUAUUUUUCUGUCGGACCUUAUCGAUAGAGUUUAAAUUUUGAUAUCGAUCUUAGAGGAGGCGGUGAAAUUAUUUAUUCAACCGAUUGCUUAUUGCGCGUUAGGGUCUCGAGUGGGUGUUUCAGUAAGUCUCGUUAAAUUCACGCUCCGUAUCCUUGAAAAGUACUUUGAAAGGUUAUGGGUAACCCGAUACCCAAAUUUUGUAGGUUAGGAGUUAAGUUUCGAUGAGUCGAUGAGUGGUGGUCCUUUUUUGCUGAUACUGCGGAGUAGUAAUUUCCUGAGAUUAAGGGGUUUAUAAUUAAUAUCGAAGGGAUGGACAAGAUCUAAAUAUUCCCUGCAAACCAUCGACUAGUUUUCAGGAAAUCUUCCAAUUGAAAUGAUCAACGCUUUCCGUCGAUGUAUUAAACACGUACUUGUAUCAUGUUCUUGAUUCUUGGGAGAAUAUUAAUCGUUACUUAAUGAAUUUUUCUGUACGAUAUAUUUGACAGAGUUAUCGCAACUAAAUAACAAAGUGAUCGGGACUGUUUUACUUUGAGCCUAGAAAGCUGCCUUUUUUACUUAUCUAUCAACGUUUUUAAUCCUUUAAGGAGAUGCGAAAGUGGUAUCCGAAAGAUCAAUCGUUUAUGAAACUUUUCUACGAACUAGGUGUACCGGAUCGUUUUAAACUUUACUACAUAAACAUGGAGGCGAUGACGUAGGUCUGGCACCCAUAAAAUUUAAUUUGUUAUAAAAAAUUUUGAAAAUAUC